ACAUAAACACCUUUGUGAAUUUAUAUAGGAAUAGAUCGACCUUAGGCUGUUAUGUUCUGCACUGUUUAACACAAACUUUAUACGAAUGGCAGCUAUUCACAAAAGGCAUAUUCGUCGCUACGCUGACGAAAUCAUGACUUCGACCAAUUAUACCGGACCCGAGAAUACGAGUAAUGAUUCUUCGUUUUCAAGAGAAAGUUUGGGAAGCGACAUUUUCCAGUCAAGUGAAGGAAUGGUCUCUUCGCCAAUCGAGAAGGAAGAAGAACCCGCAACUGCCAGUAAUGCGAAACCGUUGGUGGGAAACGCGUGGGCUAAUGUCGAUUCGAAUACAGCUGCCCAAUCCGAUCCGCUGACGGAUGCUCUUUUGCAUAACUACGGCAGCAGCGCUAUGCAAAACUCGUCAUUAAGUGCAGAGGCGGGGGACGCGGAAAAAACAAAAUUUUCUGAUUUACCAAUCAGUGGAACAGCAGAGCAAUCAGUACCGACCGUCGGGGACUCUCAGCCUUUAUGCUGCAGUUUUUCUGUUAUUUCAUCGCAAUUAGAAAACUCGUCAGAGUCUGCAUCGAAAACGCAGGACAGAGAUAUAGAAACAAACGAAGUCGAAGGAGAAAAACAGGAAUCAGAAUUCGACGCCAAAGCUUAUCAGGUCUUCACAGAAGUUAGCGAAACUGGGAAGAUACUGUUCGUUGGCGUUGCUGAAAAAAUGUUAUCCUCCUUUGGUUGCUAUGUGGAUAGAGAAGAGACUAAAGAAAAUAGGUAUACCACCGAUUCGUCGGGUAGCAGCGACAACAUCCAUCCUCCCGAUUCCGACGACUGCUGGGACAGUGACGUGGCAACUAAUGAUGUACCAGCCAGGUACAAACUACGAGCCCGGGGUAGGAGAAGGAUUGGUGGACUUUUUCCAAGUGAAAUGAUCAGCUGGUUGGAUGACGUGGACAGCGACUUUUCCGAAAGCGAUGACGUCAAGGCGAUGACGUCAUCAAACAAUAUCUCAGUUUCGGCAGCUGAUGUUAAAUUAAGCGAACUUCCUACCGUGGUGGUUGAGAUAGAGUCUCUUCCAAAUUCGACUCGCGUCAAGCAGUUAUGUCAGAGCAAAGAGAGUGGUGGUGACGUAAGCGAUAAUGACAUCAUUUUAGAGUCUAGAGAUGAGUUUUCGAAAGUUGGAUCUUCUGGGUUAAAACUUGUGCUAAAAAGAAACAAAAUCGACGGGACUAAUAACGGGAAAAGCGGGAAACCGUUUAAAUUAGACAAGCAGAGUUUCCGGAGAUCGGAUAGGAAAAUUAAAAUGUUCGACAAGGAAGAGCUCAUGUUACCGCAAGACACUGAAUCUGUUUCCGAUUGCUUAAGCUUUAAAGAAAGCGCCACACAUGACAGUUUAUCUCCGCCGGCAUGCGAUCUCGAAGAACCGAUAAAGGAGUCAAUAGAGCGCCACCGUGUGUCAGCACAAGACUCUGAAUCAGAUCCGCUAGGGCACAACUCUAACGAGAGCAAUCAACAUAUGUCUUCAUGCGUAGAAGAAGACGUGUCUUCGCCUAGAAACGAAGACGACGACGACGACGACAACUGCGUUCUUAUUUUGGAUGAAAGUGAAAACUCUCCAUCAGAUGAAAGAAGCGCAGAAAAUGACACCGAACCAGAUGGACGAGUAACCGGCAACGGUAAAUCUUACUCGAAACGAAAAUACAAGAAAAAAAUGCUUAAAUUCAAAGCAAAGCAACAACUAGUGGUGGAGGAGAAGGAACAAACUGAACUACGGCUCGCCAUGGAAUUUCCGCGACAUAAUUGGCUCGUAAAACAUUUAAUGAAAGAAAAACGAAUAGAGAAUGAUGAAGCGGCUACUACUGAAUCUGAUUCGCCUACAGCACCCACCCAUAAGAAUACUGCCGCAAAAUCUAGAACUUCGACUCCAAGAAGUAGCCCAUCCCCAAAAGAAGGUUCGCCACACCCAGAAAAGCAAGAUACAGUAAAUCUAAAAGAGACCCAAGAAAACGAAGACGUAAGCAUUGAUGUCCCAGAGAAGCAAGUUGCCGCUGAUCCUGCUAAAAAAGCGGAUGGUUCAAAUCAUAUUGCAAUUACGUCAUCAACUUAUAAACCUAGCACGACGCAUGCAAAUACGGAAGGCAGUCACGUCAUCGGAAUCGUAAAACCUUUCCAUUAUCCCAACCAAUGUGAAAAUAUAACCACAGACACGUCAGUAUGCGACGACGUUGAAUGUUCAAAAACUAGAAAAACUGACGACCCUUUAGAAUUGAAAUCGACGCUUAAAAACAACGAUGUCUUGGAUUGCUCGACCAAGGAUGCUCUUGGCGUUAAAAUUGAUAAAUGUUUUUCCUUAGCGCCCCCGCUGAAUCAAAACUCGCCGUUGGAUUUGUCGGUCUCAGUGAAAACGCAGUCGAACGCUGACCAUCUUGCUCUAGACCUGACAAGAAAGGCACCAGUUCCGUUCGUUAUUCCACAGAAUAAAUCUCCUGUAACGUUUGCAAGUGCUUCAAACAAAACUCUUUUCAAGAACGGAGAGCAAUUGUCGUCAGAAUACAACACUUCGAAAGGUAAUCGACUAAUUUCAGCAGUUGGAACACAUGUCCAUAAAGGAGCAACAAACAUCAAAGCAGAGAAACCGUUUGUCGUUGAUAAGAACAAUAAUACACAAGCUCCUCGUAAAGAGCUGUAUAACAUUGUCCGUCGUCGGGAAGAACGAAUGUCAAAUACUACACCCAUCUCCACUCCAAACCACUGUUAAAGCUACAACAGUUUGUAUUUCCGACACUUCGCCACAAUCCAUGACGUCAUUCGUGAUGACGCAACUACGCAGCGAUGCAGUGAAACUUUCGAAAGUAGUUGACGAAAUUGGACGGCGGCAUUUAUCACCGAAAGAAACAAACAUAAUAGAUGUAGACGCUUUAUUCGAAGAUCUCCCAACGGUGCUACCACGAACGAAUUCCCGAACCACAAACACAUCUUUCAAACCGUUUAACGCGACUUCAUCUGCAGCACCUACAGUUGGCUACCGACGUCGUUCGAACCCGGGAUUCGUGUCCAUACCCACAAGUUCUACAGCGCCCAGAUUUUCCACGAUAAGGCUGGAUCAGACACGGGUUGCCCCAUCUCACGCACGGGUUAGUCAAUCGAACAGUGCACCGCCGGAUCCCGUUUUAAUCUCAGGAGUUUCUACAAACCGUGCCAGCAUAACUAAGAUAUCUCGACCUCACAGCAACUCCUUUGACAACUCUAGGUUUCAGCGAAUGAGCAUCACACCGCAACAAAGCCAACCUCAAAUACGCCAACACAAGCCACUGCCAAGAACUGACCACUUUUACCAACCCACCGUGGGCCACAUUGUCCUCGGGCCACCACGACCAGUAGUUCCUUCACAUAUGCAGCAAAUGCCGCACAUGCAGAAUCAAGUACAACACGAACAAAGCCAGCUCCAGCAUCCCAAAAACCAACAGCAGCUUCCGUUUGUUCGUAACCAAUACGGAACUAACAGGCCAUUCCAACAACAGCCACGUCAUCAGCUCCCAAUAAAUCAUCCAGACGCUGUAACUGAGCUCCGUAACAUCAGCAGAGACAAAGACGGAUUUCGCGUCCCUAUAAAACCUACGCCAGUUCACUCUGGUCGUUAUUACGCACCAGCUAUGGUGUUAAACUCGCCUUCUGGUAGAUACCCUGUAAGCCAACCGACGUAUACCCAAUCUCAAGUUCAGCAAUCAGUGGUGCAAGGCAUCAGACCUGUGAUCCCUCGAUCGCCUUCAAUCAGAGCCCCAACGGGCGGGGUUUCUAUCAAUAGUUCGCCGAUUCACCAGCAACCCAGGCAUAGUUAUAACCAUCAAUUAAAGGAGAGCUACUUGUCAGUGAGGACACCGUUGGCACCCGGCGACGCGCAGCGUUACUCCGCUCAUUUGAAAGCGCAGCAAAACGAGCUCCAUCACAAAAUUGAAAGCUUGAAAGCAUUGGAACAAAAGAUACAGACUGCCCCUGCUCUUAACGUUGUAAAACACACUCAAGCAUCUCCAGCAACGUCUCAAAUAUACCGGACGUCGUCAAUAAUGCAAACUGACUUUCGAAAACGCAAAAUGAAACUCCCGGUCUCCUCCCCGAAUCCGCUGUCAGAAAAGCUGCGUAAAAUGACUCCGCAAGGUGGCGCUAAUGGGAAUCAAGUAGCGACCGAGGAGAGCUGCACUGUUUGCAAAGAAAGAGCUUAUUUUGUUUGUUCUGGUUGCCAUGGGGUUUGGUACUGUAGCAAAUACUGUCAGUUUCAAGAUUGGUCGAGCCACAGUAAACGUUGUAUAUGAGUUGUGGUCAGUUCGGCUGGGAGUUCACCGUUGUAGAACACCUGUAUCAUCAAUCUUUCACUUUCUUUGGUCGACCACUCUUGAUUAAAAAUCAAUUUUCAUUUUUUGAGUUCAUUUUUUAUUUAUUUAUUUUAUUUUUUCUGCUAUGUUGGGUGAAUAAUCGAUUUAAUGUUUAUUUGCAUUUUAUUUCAAGGUUUUCCUAUGUUUUAAGUUCCCGCUUUUCAGACAGAUAUGUUCCAGAUUUCAUGUAUAUUUGGUCAUUGGUUCGAAACUAGUACAAUUUGUGCCUUUCCUCUUUAUCACUCUUGCUUCGAAAAAUUCCACUGUUUAUCGUGACAAAAUUCUUCAACAGUUGGCGUGCUUGAAUAUUAAAUACAUGCGUAUAAAGAAA